AAAUCAAAACUCUCACAACUUAAGAAACAUUCAACUCCUCUUAUGGUCCAUUUAAAAAAGCUUUUAUUUAUUUUAUUUCCAAAUUUGCGUUUGGUACAAGUGGCAGUGAAAAGUACUAAAUCUAGUAUGAGAUUUCCAGCUAAACUGGCCACGGCCGCCGUGUGCGUUUUGGCUUUCGAUGUUCUUGUUUUAUUUGUUGGAGUACCCAAACUAAUUAAAUCGCAAAUUAAAAAGAUGGUAAAUUUGAAACCUGGAGUGGAACUUCGUGACAUGUUUAUCACAGUGCCAUUUCCGCUUAAUUUUAACGUAUACAUUUUUUCCGUUUUGAAUCCGGAAGAAGUCCAAAGUGGCGCUAAACCGAGAUUAAAAGAAAUUGGUCCAUUUUGCUAUGAAGAAUGGAAAACUAAAAUUAACGUACAAGACUUCGAAGGGGAUGAUACAGUUGCAUAUGAUCCAGUUGAUACUUUUUUCAAAGCUACUGGGCCAAAAUGCGUUAAUGGUGAUACUGAAGUUACUGUACCACAUCCAAUGAUUUUGGGUUUGGUAAAUACAGUGCUACGUCAAAAGCCAGGAGCUCUAACUUUAGCCAACAAAGCCAUAAAAUCAAUUUGGUCCGAUCCAACCUCGAUGUUUAUCACGGUAAAAGCCCGCGAGCUUCUUUUUGAUGGUAUAAUAAUUAACUGUGGGGUAUCGGAUUUCGCUGGGAAAGCUAUUUGUACGAACUUGAGAGCGGAACCGUCCUUGAAGGCUAUUAAUGAGGAGGAGUUGGCUUUUUCUUUACUAGGACCUAAAAAUGCCACCCCAGGUAAACGAAUCAGAGCGUUUAGAGGAAUUCAAGAUUUCCAUCACGUAGGCAAAAUAGUUACCUUCGAUGGUAAGUCCCAAAUGGAAGUUUGGAACAGCUCGAAAUGCGACGCGAUAAUUGGAACCGAUGGGACGAUUUUUCCGCCUUUGGGGAAAAAGGAAGAGGCAAUUUGGAGUUUCGCUCCAGAUAUUUGCAGGUCUCUUCCUGCUGUAUUUGAAAAGAAAACUAAAUAUGAUCAAAUUCCUGUUGGUUCUUUCACUGCUUCAUUGGGUGACGCAUCGAAAAAUCCAGAUGAAAAAUGUUUUUGUACUAAUCCUGAUACUUGUCUUAAAAAAGGAUUAAUGGAUCUGUAUAAAUGCACUAAAAUACCAUUGUAUGCCUCUUUGCCACAUUUUUACGAUAGCGAUGCAAGCUAUGUCAAUGGUGUGAGAGGAUUGAAACCUGUAGCUGAAAAGCACGAAAUAAGGAUUUUAUUUGAAACUAUGACAGGUAGUCCACUUCACGCCAGAAAAAGAUUACAAUUUAGCAUGCCUUUGGAACCCAACGCUAAAGUGGAUCUUUUUCAUAAUUUUACCACAACUGUGUUUCCUCUAUUUUGGAUAGAAGAGGGUGUCGACCUCAAUAAAACCUACACCAAACCCAUCAAGAAUUUGUUCAUGGUGAAAAAGGCUGUCGGUGCGAUAAAGGUCAUUUUUCUUAUCGGCUCACUAGCAGCCCUGGGAGCAGCUGGAUACCUUUACUACACAACUGACAAUUCCAUAAUUAGGACGACUAUACAAAAAGUGAGACCUGAUGAAAAUGGUUCGGCAAAUAACAUCAAUACGAUUUUGAAUGGAAAUCAAUUGGAAGGAAGGCUCAAUGAAAGUUUCGAUCACAAAUAUUAAGUUAAAAUCAAUAAUAAUGUAUGUGUUUAGCUAGAAUAUAAUUUAGAAUAAGAACCAAAAUAAUGUUGUUAUAAUAAUGCUUCUAG